AUGGUACAAAUUGUCCAAUAUUUCUCUUCGGAGAAAUUUUCUUUAGUUGUAGAUCUGUUGGAACAGAUGACAACUGCGUGGUCUCUAAAGAGUUACUUGUUCCUGCAAAACGUUGAUUGUAUUCGCUUUCUUGUACGACAAGGUAUUGCAUUUCGUGGUCAUGAUGAGUCCCAAGAGUCUAAUAAUCAAGGUAACUUUCUCAAACUUCUAACGUUUCUUGCUAAUCAUAACGAGGAAGUUAGAGCUGUUGCUUUAAAAAAUGCUCCUGUGAAUCUUAAACUGACUUUGCCAAAGAUUCAAAAGGACAUUGUAAACGCUUUUGCUAUGGAAACAAUUAAUGUUAUUAUUAGAGAUAUGGGAGAUGUUAUAGCAAUUGAUAAGUUGUUUUCAAAGCCCGGGUUGAGCAUAUCUAAAUUACGAGGGCAAGGGUAUGAUGGAGCUAGUAACAUGAGUGGAGAGUUUAAUGGUUUGAAAAGUAUUAUCAUGAAGGAGAAUGAAUGUUGUUUUGCUCAUCAACUACAAUUAGCACUCCUGGGUGUGGCAAAGAAACAUGAUUUAAUAGGUACUUUUCUCACCGUAGUGUCUAAUGUGGUGAAUGUUGUUGGAGCCUCAUCUAAGCGUCGUGACAUUCUCCGGGAAAAACAAGCUCUCAAAGUCAUCGAAGCCUUAAAAGGUGGAGAACUUUUGAGUGGAAGAGGCCAAAAUCAAGAAAGUGGAAUUAAGCGUCCAUGUGAUACACGUUGGGGAUCACACUUUGGAAAUUACAAAUGA